AUGCGAAAGCUAUGCCCGCUCAUGGGACCAAAGAUGUCUGCGUUUUGCAUGAUCAUGUCUGUGUGGGGCGUAAUUUUCCUUGGCUUGUUAGGAGUUUUCUUCUACUUGCAAGCUGUUACGUUAUUCCCUGACCUCCACUUUUCCGAAGAAUCGAAGGAAGGUGGUCACAUGGCGCCAACUGUAGAGGAUAUUGAGACGAAGUACAGUGAGAAGGCGAUGCAGUGCUGGAUAGCGGCAGGCAUGUACGGUGUAACCUUGAUCCUAGUCUUCUGGCAGAACAAGUAUAAUACCACUACCGUUUUCUAA